AUGGCGCUGAACAACACGCAGCCUCUGCCAACGUCCAUCUCCGAUCCGAGAGCUCCUCGCCACGAGUUGGUGCAGCUACUAUGGAAGGCAGGGGUGUCCGAGGACGUCAUCCUCAGGUACACCGGGGCUCGCAGCGAGGGCGGCCUCGGCUGCACGGCUGUGUCCGACUUCGCAGGCUUGUACACGGAGACUACGUACGAGGACAAGGUUGAGGCCGAGGUGAUCAAAAUCGAGGCCCACAAGGACGAUCCCCUUGAAGUGGCACGAGUGCGGGUGUCGUGGACUCUUGCUCGUUCGGAGCUGCAGCGAGCGCUGCGCCAGCGCACUGAGGGAGCUGGCCCUGACGGGCGCGAGGACUGGGACACGCCCCUGACGACGCCGGAGGAGGAGCAGCGUGCCGAUGACUUCGGCAAGGCCUACGACAACCUCGUCUUCGAGAGCGAGUCCCAGCCGCUCAAGACUCUGAUUGGGCGCCAAUGGCGCGAGUUCGUCUCCUCGACGCGGGCGGUCACUACACUUCGCCUGGAGAAAAUGCGUACGGAAGCAGAUCUUCAGGGAGUCCGCCAGAAGGCGCCAAAGAAGACGCCUAUCGGCGGAGGGUACCACAUAACGAAGGACGAGGAGAAAGAGGCCCGGCUCCCUGAGAUCAAGAUCCAGUCCGUUCUGCAGUUCCUCAAGUGCCUGAAGGUUCUGACCCACCUCUGGGCGCCGUGUGGGGCGGCGCUGGUGGAUUCAAAGGAGGACGUCGACAAGGCCACGCAUCAGCCCAAGAAGGUGCGGCAGUGCCACUUGGAGGUGUGCGUGCGCUACUACGACUUUGUCCUCCUGAAGCUCCUUGACCACCCGGGUACACUUCACGAGAAGGUCCUUUGGGCGUACGACCGUGACCGGACAACCCGGAACAAAGCCCGGACGUUGUACCAGCAAGGGUGGCCAUGGGGAGAAGCUCUCGUGGCGUCCUUCACCAACCACUGCGCGCUGGAGUGGAAGGUGACAGGGGUUGGGAUUUCCAGCGGGGCCCCUAACCUCAUCAAGCCAGAGGACGACAGCGACGACGACAUGGGAGCACCUCCCAAACGACUCGCUGCACCAAAGAAGGGGGCACAGGCCCUCAAGCACAAGAAAACCACAAGCCAGAAGGUCCAGAAGGCAACCAAACGCACCGCCAAGGCGUGUGCGAACUACAACUCGGCGCGCGGGUGCGCGAAGAACCCCAAGCAGUGCCCGCACAAGAAGCUCCACGUCUGCUCGAACUGCGGCUUGUUCGGCCGCCCGGCUUUCAAGUGGCGGCGCCCGGACCCGGGCGCCAAAGCGACGCAGCCCCUCCGUGGAAGCGAGCUCGCCCAGCCCAGCCGCGCGCUGCGCCACCAGCGGGUGCUGGGCGCCAGUUGCGCAGCACUGCGCUCGCAGGACUGUGCUGCGUCGGAGCGGCUGGAAGGCCUUGACGUCGACAGCCUGCUCCGCAGGGUGGCCGCAGCAGACUGCGACAUAGUGUUUCUGAUAUGCUGUGCCUGCACGGGGUCGUCGUCCGAUCUGAAGUCCGUGGGGGGCGACACGGCCCGGUUCUUGACGGACUUCGUGCAGCUACGAGACCGCAUGUCGUCAGCAGUGCGGCGGGAUCAGUCCAGGCAGUUCGCUUGGCUGUACGAGGAUUCGGCUGGCGUGGGCGAGUCGUACAGGACGCAGCUUUCGAAUAUCCUUGGUUGCGAGCCCGUGCUGUUGAACGCAGCGGACUGGGGCUGGGUCGUGCCGGCCGGGGUCGCGGCCAAGGGGCUCACCGUGCUGAGGUAUACUGGGCCUCCGAUCCCGAGAAGUUGGGAGCCAUGCGAUGGUGCCACAUGGGCCUUCAGGAACGAGGUCGGGCGUCGAUCUACGACGCCGCCGGGAACUGGGUACGCACCCACAUAUGCCGACGGCCGCUUCUUGCCCUUCACUGCUAUGCGUCCGCACGCCGCGGACCGGCCGCCCCAGGUGCACGUGGAGGACAAACAUGUGUACCAGAGGUUCUUGGCGGACGGUCGCAUGCAGCCUCUGCACGCGCACGUGCGCGGCAACAUGAUGCAGUACUCCGAUGGGCAGCUCAGGCCUUUGAUGGCAGCCGAGCGGGAGGUUCUCAUGGGCUAUCCCCACGAAUAUUCUCGUCAAGUGCUGCCUGCCGAUGGUUCGGGGCUUGACGUCGAGAUGACCAGGCGGAGUGCCGUUGGCACCGCGUCCCACGUUCCCAGCAUCGUCAUGCUGCUUGGCCUCCUGCUGUUCCCCGCCGGGUGCCCUGCCCAGCGUAUGCGCCCAUCCUGUCCUUCCCGGGCCUAUUGUCUCCAGUGGCAGGAGCGUCACGGAGCGGGGACAGUGUGGGACUCGGAAUGGGCUCCGCCCGAGGGCCAGGUUCAGUCAGGAGAACGAAUUCUUGAACGUGCAUUGCUGCUGUUCCCUUCGGCCUACUUUCGCGCGGUCUCCGAGGAGGUCAGAGAGGCGAUGGCCAAUGUCGACUGCAUCCGGUACGAUCUGUUCGCGGACUAUCCGGACUACGCCUUGCGCCAGGGCGCCCCGCCAGGCGCAUUAGGCCCUGACUUGCAAGCCCUGUGGGCGAAGUCGCCGAUGCAUGCUUCUGUCGAGCACCAGCAUCGCCCAACGAUGGCAUCAGCUGCGGCACCGAAUCUGCUUGAUUGGGGCAUCGGCCCAGAGGAGCACGAGGCACGCGCGGUGCUAUUAGAUCAUCCUUUCAGCCGCGACCCUCCCGUGGAGUCAGAUCUCCAGUUUGUCGUCGAUGCGUGCGUUGCCAAUGGGCCGCGCGUCAGCCGGGUGCGGCGACGGCGUCUGGAGGUGCUCCAGCGCACGGCGGCGGCGCUGCACAAGUUGGACGAGUUCUCUCUGCGGCUACGGCACACGUAUCUAGAUUCGGCGCCAGGCGUUCGCCCCGUCUACUGCGCUUUCCUCGUUGUCCUGACCGGCUGGCCGGAUGUGGGGCUUCCGGCUCGCUUGGCGCAAGGGUUCGAGCUUGCGGGGGAGGUGCCGGCUUCGACGGUUCUGAGGCCCAUUCAGCCGAAGCCUGUCGGCAAGGGCCCCCUAGCUGGAGAGGAGGAGCAGUUGCUUGGAGAAUCCGCUUGGCAUUACGUGAACUCGGUGGAGGCGCAGACCAUCCCGUCCAAGCAGGCGCCCACGAUAUACGAUCUCACACAGGAUGAGAUCAAAGAUGGGAUUGCUGAUCCGCUGCUGGACCGGGCGGCGAUGGACAGACGAUUCGGAGUUGGUGGCUGGAGGCCGCUGAUUCGACAUUGCCUUUGGCAGUCGGGCAAAUGGCGGCCGAUCGACGACGGCAAGCGAUCUCGGACGAACGCGCUGUCCAGCAUUGCCGAGACAGUCGUUUGCAUCCCGCCAGGGUUCGUCUUGAUACUGCUGCGUGCUCUCGCCGUGGCUUUCGCCAGCCGGACUGGCGGGGUGCCGGCUUGGUUCGUCCCUGUUGUUUCCACGGAGGACUGGUGGAAGGGCUUCCGCCAGCUUUUCCCCACCCAGGAGCAUGCCGGCCUGGCCGUCGUGGCCGUCAUGGAACCGAGCACCCAGAAGUGGAAGUAUAGUUGCCUCCGUGGCCUGCCCUUUGGGCUAGGCGUCGCCGUGAACCAGUUUUCACGGAUGGCUGCUUUCGUGACCGCCAUGAACCGGCGUUUGCUGUUAUUGCUCACUGGCCACUAUGUUGACGACAGUCCUACUUUGGAGAUGGACUGCAUGGUCGGCGCGCCGGGAGCAGGAGACAGCGUCGUUUGCCAGCAUGCCGCUAGCAUGGGGAUCCGGUAUUCGGACAGCAAGCGGCAGCCUCCGUCGUUCAUGUUCGCGUUCCUAGGCCACCUUCACGACCUAUGCCGGACAGCGUGGUCCAUGGCAGCGGCAUGGGGGCCGAAGCUUCUAAGUCGAGAGCGCUUGGUGGAAAUGUGCGAGGGUGCCAUCCGCACUCAGAGGCUCUCGUCGGGUCAGGCUGCGAAGCUUCGCGGCUUCGCUUCCUGGAUGGACUCUUCCCUGGCUGGACGCUGCAUGCGCGGCGCAAUGCAUGCGUUUAUUGCUCGGCAGUACUGGGAUGGAGAUGAGCGGGUGCAGCCUGGCAGCGUUUUGCACGAAGCUCUGAUGUACGUGGCCGCUGCUGCUGUGCACAUGCCCGAUCGGAUCGCGGCCCUCCAGCGCCCGACAGUGCCGCCCUUGGUGCUCUACACCGACGCCUCGGCCGAUGGUGAACGAGUGCGGUUGGGCGCCAAGCUCCUCGUCCCGGGCGGCGCAGUAUACGUCACCAUAUGGGACGCCACGCCAGAAGCCCGAGAGUCUUGGGGAGAACAGGCAACCGUGAUCAACCAGGCUGAGUUGCACUGCGGCGUCCUCGUCGCUGGCACGUUUCCUGAUCUGCUUCGCGGUUGCGACGUGCUGUGGUGGAUCGACAACACGGCCGCGGCCACAGCGAUGGUGAAGGCAGGGUCCCCAACUGUCACCAUGGGGAAGCUGGCCUUGCAGGCGCACGCCAUGCUGACGUCGCUAGGCUGCCGCGUGUGGAUCGAGCACGUGCCCAGCAAGGACAACCCAGCAGACGUGCUGUCCCGCGAAGGGUUGGAUGACCCCGUAGUCCGCGAGCACUGCGCGUCAGGCAGAGACAGCUUUGCAGAGACAGGCAUUGGCGAAUGCGCCGUGCGUUUGGAAGGACUAGAGGCCCGGUCCGCGAGCCCCUUCGAGCGGGGUGGCCUCCGCAGGCGUCGAGAUGCCUCCGAAGCUUCGCAGGUGCAGGGCCCGGACCUGAAGGGCAACCCCGAGCUGGCCUCGUCCCUCGGCGCGUGCACCGCGGACCUGAAGAACUACACCGAGUCCAACGCGACCCUGGGGCAGCUGGCCCUUGCCAGCCACAUCCGGGCCCUCUUCGCGGGCGUGGCGGAGCCGGACCCCAACGCCCCGGGGCCUCUGCGCCGCGCCCGGCUCCAGGCUUCAGCAGGAUCUGGAGUGGUAGACGAGCUAGUCAUGUUGAGCGAGUCGAGCGAGUCGUCGGGGCAAGGCCAGGCCAUGUUGAGCAUCUUGGAGCUCUGCAACGGGUAUGCCAAUGCUGCUCUGCAGCGCCUGUGGGGCUGUUGCCUCGAGCCGCGCCGUGCGACUCAGAACCGCCACCUGCUUUCGGCCGUUUUCCCUGACCUCCAGAAGUUAUGGAUAGGCUCGCCUAGCGGCGGGCGGUCGGUGAGUCUGGAGUUCGCGGUGAAGCUUUGCUUCCUGAGUCUGCUCUCGGCUACGUGCUCGGGAGGUGAGGUGGACGUCGCCAAGGUGCUGGGCGUGGCUCCUGCACCGGGCGCUGGCGGGGUUGCAGGCUCUAGCUGGCGUGUGGCGGAUCCUUCAUCAGCUGAGUUCGAUCAGGUCAUCACUGCUGCCGAGCUCGCCGACUCGACCGAGGAUCGCGACGACGGUGUCAAGGUUCAGCGGUUGGCGCUCAUCAGCGGCGUCACCCAGCUGGUCGAGCUAGUGAAGGACACGGACCACGACGCCUGGUUCGCUCGGAAGCGGCCUGGGCUGCCUGGAGGAGCUUCAGGAGAUUUGCGGCUGCUCGGCCAUUUCCUGAACUCUGCGCAGCGACGUGUGCUGCCGCUGGCGAAGGCGAUGGAGCUGGUGACGCCUAAGACGUUCGCUGACUGGCCUCAUCCUGGGCCGAAGGCGACCCAGGAGUUCCUCGAGUCGGUGCUCGAGAACGGCGGGGACUUGCAGGUGUGGCUCAAUGCUUUCAUGCGCAAGUCUGGGGUCAGCGAGAACUCUUCGGUGGCGCAUGAGCUCCGGAACCUGGUCCAGAUUGUGAGGCUCGGGAUCAGCUACGACCAGAACGAUCCGACCAACCUGGCUUGCAUCGAGCAGGCCGUGCGCAGGAUUCACGAGAUUCAGCAGGCCAUCCGCCGGAACCCGAAGCACCCGGACUUCACGGGCCUCGACGUCGGCACCAUCGGGUCUUGCGACGAGAUCGGCGGGGCCCGCCUGCGCAGCUUCGAUUCCUGGCUCAGCAGCAAGCAGAAGGAGGAGGCCAAGACGAUGGAGGCCCAGAGGAAGUGGCGCGAGGAGCUGUACCUCGUAUUGCUGGUCGUGGUGAUCGUGGGCCUCCCCCACACCGUGAAGCGCCUGGUUUGA